GCAACAUCGGGCACGUUUUUUGUGUUGUUAAACAUAUCGUGCAGUUUUAUUGUGAACAGAAAAUAUUAGGGCACGAUGUCGUCCUGGAAAAAGGCCUCGAAAAGCAAUCAAAAGGUGCACCGCGAGCGCCACCAGCCGGACGCACGCAAGCAUCUUGGUCUGCUUGAGAAGAAGAAAGACUAUAAGAGACGCGCACUCGAUGCCCAACGGAAGGAAAACACGCUGAAGGCUUUAUACAAGCGCGCCCAGCACAAAAAUCCUGAUGAGUUCUAUCACCAUAUGAUCAAUUCUAAGCUUACCAACGAUGAGCAUCAUGAGAAGGAGGAACCCGACGAACACAGUGCCGCGCAAACAUCGCUUAUGCAGACGCAGGACCUCAAAUAUGUGGUGAUGAAGCGCACCAUCGAACGUCGCAAGCUUGAAAGAUUGCGGGCAUCUCUCAUCGAUGUAGAUGACACAACAACGGCAAAUAAACGCCUCAAAUUCAAUGAGAAUGGCGUUAAAAUUAAGGCUAAGGCGGUGGCGAUAGUCCCUUUGGAAAAGCGCUUAAAGACGCAAAAAACAUCGAUCCCUUCAGAGCAGCAAGAGCACAUUACAUACAAAGAGCAACGGUUAAGGGAGUACAAGAAACGAGUAGAACGCGAACAUGAGUUGGCGAUUGUGCAACAAAAGUUGGAGCUGCAGCGCACGCUGAAGCAACCACGUUUGCUUAAACCGAAGAAGGUGCAAAAGGGCACGAAAGACAGCGCACCUGUUUUUAAAUUCAAAUAUGAGCGGAAAAAAUAAAGAGGACUGCUUUUAGUAAUAAGAUAUUUUAUAAUUAAUUACGUACCGUGGCCUAUUUACGAAAUUAAAAACUAUGCAACAAUGUAUUUGGAAAGAGA